UCCACUAUCCAGUGCAAUUAUAUCUUUAUAUCACUCCAAUGUUGACCUGUGAAAGACAAUUUUUGAAUAUAUUCCAUUACUAAACUGAAUUUAAUAAAGUGACAAACAAAAACUUCAAAACAUAAAGCAUUUUUAUGAGCAACUUUAUUUACAAAAGUUCGAUGAAUUAAGAGACCUUUCCGCGAGUGAUACAUUCUGUUUAGUUGAAUUAGUUUAGUUUUAGAUUUGUUACUAAAAUUGGUUUCUAAAAUAAGUCUAUUUUGGCACUAAACGUAAGAACUUCUAUUUUGGUCAAUUGAGAUCCUAAUGAGUAAAUAGACUUAAAAACCGGGAUAAUUUUUUUUUAAUCUGCUAUUAAAUGCUAAUAAAUUAUGAAUAUAUUAUAUUUUCUGCCCAUGAUUUUGAUAAUCGAAGUGAAUGGCCACGCUAACACGAAGUAUGAAGAAAUAAUAGAUGUAAUUGAUCUUUCUCAUCCAACGACUCUCAGUAUCCUAGCCGAGUUCUACGGGGCGGUGGAAAAGAGAUGGAAGAUCUGCAUGAACUGCGGCAUCGCCGGCCUGGGCACGGCGAUGCACCUGGAGCACGAAGUGUCCUCCAGCAACUCCAUGUACCCGGCAGUCAUACCCACCGAGUAUCUCAUCACCAGGUUGGCAGUGAUCGACGUCAGUACCCUUGUCAAACUUAACUCAAACCUGGUGCUAAGCCUGGAGGUGGCUCUACAAUGGCCGGUGCUCCGCGCGGACCCUAAGGAACCGACCUUGCUGCUCUUCAAGUUCGGCUGGAAGGCCCACGGCGGGAAGACGGCCCGGACUUGCGUCUGUAAGAUACCUGGUAUAAGCUUCGAGCUAGCAGAAUGGAUAGCGGGUAACCUGACGCAUGUAGUAGGCGUGGCCACCGACACACCCACUUUGGAGUCGGAGCAGACCAGAGAGUUCAACACAAAGACCAUCGCCAACAUCCUGGGAAAGAGUGGCGUCUAUAUGAUCGAGAAUGUCAAUAUUCGGAGGAGCUUGCCUGAUAACAUUCGCUGCAUCUAUUGGCUGCCCUCAAGAUAUAUCGCGCCGUGCGCCGCGCGGUUGCUGUACCGCGGGAGCAGGAAGAUAAGCAGCUGCGUUCUACAAUUUCUUCACUCGCCAAUCUAGCAGAGGAAACAAUGGUUUGUGAUGCAUGUUUGAGUACUUUUAUGUGAAUGAUGUGUGUAUACUUUACCAACGCCGCAGUCGAUUAUUGUGUCGGAAGACGUCUAAUAAAAUGUUACAAACCACGUUGAUUUAUAACCGCCAUCUAUAGUGUGUUUGGGGAACGUAGUCUGGAAAGUUCCUCAUUGCUUGAUAAUUAAUCUGCCACUUAAUUUAGUGUUUCCCUUUUUUCUUUAAACUUUCGAAUGCUAGAACGCAGAUCUCACACAAACAAUGUAAAAUUUAUUGUGUCUGGUAUCUGAAUAGAUGAAUGCUUAAGCCGGGCUUUUUUCAGGUAGGUAUAUAGAUAGGGACAGCGCAAGUGGUUAGGAUUCUUCCUUUCCUUCAUCUUUUUCGUUUUCAUAUUUUUUCUCAUUUUUACAUUUUGCAAUUAAUGUGUUAUCAAGAUUAUAUCUCGCAAUAUGUAGGUAAUUUAGCAACUCCCAUGACGAGUCAAAAUGGCGUCAAACGAAUUAGUAGAUAAUCAUAACGUUAUCAAUUAUAUUUGUAGAUUAGAACAUUUUCUAACUGAUUGUAAUUUGUAUACUUAGUUCGAUUAGAAAUGUAAGAAAUCGCGUCAAUGUUUAUAGUUUAUGACCAUAUCGUAUUCAUUUAUUUGACAAAUGAAACAAGGCUGCACUAUAUGUCAAAUAUUUUAAUUAACAUCAUAGAAAAAUGCGAAUGCAAGUCUUCAUUUAAGAGGGUUUUGUUUUGUAAGUUUAUGACCAAAACUAACAAUUAUUAUCGAAAUAAAACGACUUUUUGAAUAAAUAAGCUUUAUUUUUGGCCAAACUAUUACAUUGCAUAGAACUUUACACAUCUAUUGAAAUAAAUUCAUAAUGCAAUAAAUUGUAGCAGUAACAAAUAAAAUCAAUAAAAAUAAUCGCACGAACGACGACUCUAUUAUACCAGGGGUCAAAACUCUAUAAAUUGUCAACAUUUUAAUGGCAUUUUAAUUUUAUUUUUACAAAUCAUAAAGAAAAUCUGGCUAAAUGUGCGAAUUAUAAUUACUCGUACAAACAUUAAAUCGAGAAGCAAAGUAUUUAAAAAUGGAAAGACUUUUUAAAAUACUAAUUUAUUUCUCUUUUACAAAUACUCUCUUUAUAAUAGAAGACUUUGACAUUAUGGUAUAACUAAGAAUAAGUUUAUCAUACUGACCAAUAGGAAUAAUAAUUUUAAAAUAGGGCGUAAUUCUAGAUUUUAUAAAAAGGAAGCCUUAUAUUAAAGAUCAGGAGAGCACCAGUGGCGUACACUGAAGCACCUUAAUCCAAUACCAAUUUUUUUUAUUUUAUUUUGCUUGUAUGUCGAGU